AUGGUUGAUAGUUAUCAAAAACAACUCGAUCAGGUGUCGUGGAGUCUUUGUGGACUCGCAAUCUUUGCGGUCUCAGCAAGAUGUUAUUGUAGAAUUUGCGUGUUACGGAAAUUUGGAUGGGAUGAUGGCUUCAUGGUGGUCGCCCUCGGAUUUGGAUUAUGCAUGUCGGUACUCGUAUCAGUCGCUGUGCAAUAUGGGUAUGGUCUGCACGUCGCAGACAUAACUGACACCUACCGUCGAGAGCAGGCUCUAAAGUACGUCUAUAUCGCCCCUGCACCAUGCAUCUUGUCAUCCACAGCUGCAAAGAUAUCGAUGGUUUUCUUCCUUCUACGACUACUAGGGCACUCCGCAACGAAGCGACACCGCUGGGUUCUUUAUAUCGUCACGGGUAUCAGGGUUGCGCUCAACGUUUUUAUAAUUCCAAUCAUUGUCGGGCAAUGCUCUCCUAUAGAGAAAAGUUGGAAACCUUGGGUGCCAGGGAAGUGCUUGGAUUCAAGCUGGCUUAAUAUUGGUGGCAGGUUACAGGCUAUAUGGAACGCUGUCGUAGACCUGGUUACUGCGAUCAUUCCGGUGUACAUGGUAUGGAAGCUGCAGUUGAAAACAAGCACGAAAUGGGGAUUGAGUUCCCUCAUGGGCGGAGGAAUAUUGUAA